GAGCAUUAACACACACUUCUAUACACACACACAUUUUAGAUGCAUUGAACACAUGUGCAUAGCAUGUACGUGUGGUAUCAGUGUAGAAUAAAUAGGGGAAUCCAGAUACCGGUAAAGCUGGGAGCGCCCUAUCAUUGCAGGUCAUGUCCAUGUGCGUUGUACGUUGGUUGUUGUACGCAAGUCAGUGUGUUCUUCAUUCACAAUAUAAGCAGUCAGCAAGGCUUCCCUGCUAUUUCUGUAGAGGAAUAGCGGGACAUCACAUGAAGCGCUACUCGCCGGCUGUGCGGGAUUUCUAAAUGCAGACCACGACCGACUAGUGAUCGUUCUCUUUUUCUCUUUCUCGUGCAUUCGGCUGGGAUCGGUCUUGCUCUCACGCAGUCAUUCAUUCAUUCUUCCAAAGAGUUUCACAGAAGCCUUGAUGGAUCGAGCUCGAGGUUGCCUUUGAAUCGGUAGCAUGGGACUGUAAAAGUGGUGUGGACCUGCGUAUUCUUGCCAACAAAGAUUUCCCAAUCCAAGGAAUUAGCCAUCCCUAUUGAUCCCUUGGAAUCGUUCACGUGGAACUACCAUUUGACCAGGACUCUGUGUUUCCCAGAUAUUUCAUCUCCAUCCGAUCCCCUUUUCUUGAUGAUGUUCAUGUGGCCUACGUUCAUGCAUAGGGUGUAGGCAUAGCCAGCCCCCCUCUUGCUAUUGAAGCAACGGAAAUCAUAUCUGUUCUGGAUAUCGGUGCUGUGCCCUGCCGUACAUGUAUGCGGUUGGAUAUACUCUAGGAGGUACUGUUGGCUAUCGUAGAGCGUCGUGGUUCGGCGGACCAGGUUUUUCUCAUGUCGGGCAAGACGGAGAGGAAACUUCAGGGCAAGUCGGCAGAGGACAAGAUGCGUGUUGUGUCAUCCAACCAAUUGUCGACGGAACAAGAUGACAUCAAGCCCCAAGUGUCUUGCACACCUUCAACAUCGUCAGCUGUAAAACCAACUUUAUUAUUACCACCAUCAUCUCCGUCGACAUCGGCGACAUCUUCACCCUCGCCAUCGCCGUCGACUUCAUCACUAGGUAGUCCGCCUCCUAGCAACUGGGCGCAUAUUAAGUUUAAGAUAGAAAAAAAGGCACCGCGUGCAUCAUCGUCAUCAUCGUCAACAGCCUCACCAUCGCCAUCUUCGUCGUUGUUCCACGUCUUUCCACCACCCACUUCACCGCAUCUAGGGCACAGCCAGCCGGGUGGGUCGUCAUCGUCGUCCUCAUCGACGUUGCCGCCGCUCUCAUCGUUGCCUUCCAGUUCAGGCAUCGCUCGUUCGUCAAGCAUUCCAACGGUGUUCGCUGCUCCUCCCACACAAACUGCUGGAUCAGUGUUUCAUCGCAAAGCACAAGAAGAACUCGCUCGCAAACCAGCUUUGAAAGAGCUUUUACAACCUAGCAAAAUGGAUCCCACUAUGUCUAUGAACUACAACAAUAUGCAACAAGGAGGUAAUCAUCUCUUCCAUCCUUUUAAGAAUGGAAUUUCUGCUUCAGUUUGAUUUUCUUUCACUCUUACAGGAGCUUUUCCUCAUGAAUAUGAUGAUCUUCGUUACCCAGUCAUCUAUGUUUUUCCCAGGGUAUCCUUCUUUCCACAAGGCUCAUGAAGAAGUUCUUUGAGGAAUCUACAUGCAUCUUUCAGGUUUUCCACUAGAUAGUCACAACCUGAAUUCUCUUGAUGACUUAAAAAGUCAUUCACAACUAAUCAAAUAUUCAUGUAAUUUCCUCUCUGUAUUUUCUGUACAAUUUGAAGGAGCCUCAGAUAUUAUUUUAAGGGAAAAGCAGAGCACUCCUAUAUUAUUUAUUCUCAGUCAAAAUUAGAGGCAUCUUUUUGUUGUAUUUGACCUUUGACAAGUAAUGCUAAAUCACCUUCUAGAAGAUUAUAUCUCAUAUCAACAUAAUGAUUAUAUGAGUUUAUUUUUAUUUCCAUUAGCUGUUUUUUUUCCACAUUAUUCAAUGUUGCACAGAAGGGUUCAUGAACAAUUCAUUUCUAUCCUAGGAAAGCGAAAUCGGAGAAGGCGAAGACAGUCUUGUCCAAUGCUGAUUUUCUCUUUUGAUGAAAUUAUACACGUGCACAUGAAAUGAAAGGAUUGCUGUCGCUGUAGGCGCAUUGCGAUUAAUUUUGGAAACAAUUACUAGAACGGUAAAAAUGAUAUUUCCUGAGAGAAAGGUCAGGGCAAUCAUAUGCUUGGAGUCCCAAGCUGAAAAUAGUCGCAGAGGAGUGAAGAUAGUUUGAAUGAAGAAAGAUGUGAGGCUAGCCCUACCCUGUUAGGCACUCACACGAGAGCUAUCUAACAACUUGUCAUGUUGGAGUAUUUUUAGAUGAAUGAGGUAGAAAUAAGUUCCUCUCUUAGAUUUAACCCUUUGAUGGCUUUGUGAGAUCAGGCUAAGCAGAAUUGUUUUCAACUAAGGUACACACACAUAUGGUCUUUUUGAUGGAAUGUAUGAAGACCAUUUCUUAUAUAUUCCUUCUCUUGACAGAGUUUUAGGACAUUUAAGCAACCAUCAGAUUUGCUCAAUAACUUUCAUUCAAAUUGUUGCCCUUUCAUUAAUAUUUAUCAAUAUGAAUUACUUAAGGGUUAUUCCUGUUGUUUAUCUAAACCGUUCCAAUCAAAAGAGGGGUGCAUUUGAAACGACUAGCAAGUCUGUCAUCAAUGAACUUUUGCUCUUCUGUUCGUCACGAAAGCAUUGUUCCUGAAGUUUCUAGGGUAGUUAUAAUAGCAGCUAGCCAGCAGAAACUACAACAACAGGGCCAAAUGAAAAUGUCAGAUAAAUUUAGCAAGACAACUGCCAGAGGGGGUCCUGUUGGGGGUUUUACUGCAUUAGCAUGCAUAGAGACUGGUAACCUUUCACAUCUCUAGUAUGGAUACCCUGACCUUUUACAUCAUGCAUAAGCCAUGCCAUGAUGCCAGUCUGAAUGAGAGAGGUUUACAUUGGUCUUGUGAAAUGAAUGAAUGAAUGAGCGGCAAUACGAUACCAUCAAUCAUUACAAGCCUAAGAUGUCAUGUGAAGUGUUACCCCCCCAGGAGUGUUAACCCAUAGUAUACCACCAAGUCUCAGCUUGCUCCAUCUGGUAUCUAUGGGUAAAUCAUAAUCACCAUAUAGGUUUAAUGAUGUUUUAGAAUCAAAUAAGUUGUACGAACUACAUGUUGUGUGAUUCUCAGUUUGUAGGGGACUUACCUAAAAGCAGCGGGCCAUGUAGAUGAUAGUGCCUAUGUCUAUGAAAGGACAGUAGUAGUAGACCCUAAAAUGUAGACAUUAUGUGGAUGAAAAUUGGUAGAGAGAGUAGUAACUGGGCAAAGAACAUAGAGAAAAAUCAACUUUUUGGGGGAAAUUUAAUAUAGAUGAAAGUGAUGAAUAGAUUGAAAUAUCCAUAAAGGUUUGAAGAGAACUCGCAUUGAGAGAAUUAUACGGAAGACCUAGGUGGUCUAAUAGCGCAAAAAGUGAACUGGUUUACCCCCUUUGACUGUUUCACAUUUCUGGGGGGUAAAGACGUGGAUUUAAAGAGAAUACCACGUGAACAAUGGCAAGGCCGAUGGGGAAAAAGGGAGAGAGAGAUAGAGAGAGGGAGCUUGCUGUGAGAAGACUGCAUGAGGGAGCUCUAGAGAGCUAGUUGAUUGAUGAAUUCGCAAGCAGGCAAGGUUUGGCCGUCGUCCAGGCCUCAAAUUAACGUGGCAAAGAGAGAAAGAUCGGUAGGAAAGAGGGAAAAUACACAGAAGCUAUAUUUGGACACAAGUGGUAGUUAUGAAUGCACCGUUUUGACAAGGCAUAUUUUUUUUUAUUGGAACUGCAAUGAGAAAGAAUGCAGUAACCCAUCCAGUGAGGGAUACCCCUUUUCACUCUCACAAGACAAAUUCACCUGAGCAGUCUGGGCCUCUAUUGCAGGAAACUUGCUUAUCGAUGAUAAAUUUACCAUCAAUGUCAAUAUCAGUGUCAAUAUCCAUUGAUUUUGAUUUGCUGCGGAGCAUCGUCACCAUAAUAAUACUAUUAGUUGCAAUAGAUGGCAAAGUUGCCAUUAUUGGAAUUUGAUCUGACAGUGACCUGGUUUAUCUUUUGUUUACUUUUUAAUACUAAUAUUUGAAGAAAUAUGUGGGUCUGUGCUAAUCAUAUUCUCAUGCUACCUGUCGUGAUCUAGGUACAGUUUCCAAACCUCAAAAGAUUAGUUUAGUAUGUUAGAUCUAAGAGUUGAAAAUCAAGAUUGGUGUUGUGCUAUUUACAACAUAACCAAGCAACUACCUGUACAAAAAGAAAAGAAAAUUGUUAUUCUAGUUUGCUGAAGAUAAUAAAAAUAUUAAUUAUGAUCAGUUGAUUACACAUUGCAAGAAAAUAUCUAUACAGAACAAAAAAUGUUAUUUUGGUUGAAAUGCUCAUUGGUUGUAAUCGGUUGAUAACAUUGCAACGGAGCCAUCCAAAGGACACUAAUAUCUGCAUUUCAAACAAAAGUUGCCUUGGUGAUAUAACCAAUAGUAGUACUGCUUGACAGAUUUUUAUGCUUGACAUAACACAUCCUUCACCUUCACUGCGAGGUACCUUGCUCAUUAAGUAUUUUGAAAAAAUAUCAUAGGCUUGGAGAGAGAGCUACAUGCAUAUCAGCAUCAUGGUAAUCACUUCCAUUUCAAUGCCUCUCAUAAUGCUGUAAGAAGACCAACAUACACAGAUUGUCAAACCAAAUUGGAAAUCGUUGAUAAUGAUUAUUAUGUAUGCUGGAGAAAGGAACGCAGAAUUCCUUUUUAGGAGAUCAAGGGCAGGAUCAAGAAUGUGAGAUAUUUAAGUACAUUUUCCACCAUGACAUUGACAAAAUGGCUCCCUUUGUGUGCUUCUACCGGCAGUAGGAGAACGUGGGGCAGAGCUGAUGAGGGGUGUGUUUAGAUUUAUGGUUUUUUUUUUAGGAGGAAUGAGCAUUGUGAAAUGCAAAUGGAAAUGUAAUAUUGUGUAUGCUCAAGAUUGGGCUCGAAUGUAAGGACGUGAAGCGAUGAAGUUGUUUAAUAAAGCUAUCACUCAUGAUUUCACCACUGACUGGUAGAUGUUCUUGUGCCAUUAGUCAGCGGCAUUUGGAUAUGCAGAUGAGUGUAUUCAAGUCAUGUGAAAAAUCUUGCUCAACUUUACAAACAGCUUUAUGUCGACUUUCAUCUUCCAUUCCCCCAUUGUUAUAUCACAGGAGAAGCAUCAACAAUUUGCAAAUAUAAUUAUCCUACCCUCCCUUGCAAUAUCAAGUUCAUUUUGAUGAUUGAUGGAAAUUUUGGUAUUUGACAGAUCUUUCAUGAAGCCUCAAUUAAAACAAAUAAAGAUACGGUUAAUUCAGUUCCAUUUUCAUGAUGGCACUACCUGCGGGCCUGUUAGGAAAUCAUUAGAUUCAUCAACCUACUUGUAUACUGUUGACUGACUCUAUUCCAUAUAAUUCUAGUUUCUGCAAAGGCACAUCUACAUUCACCAUCUUGCAUUACACUCCCUCUCACGCUGAUUCUUCAAGUGAAAUCAAGAGUCCGAAAGAUGGGAGAGUGGAAAUAAAGAAAGAUGAGAUGAAAAUUGUGGUCCAGUUUCGGAGCAUUGAUGCAGCAGCUCCACAACACAAGUUCAUGGUUGUAGAAAGCUUGUGAUCCCAUGGCAUUUGGAGUAAGAGGAGUUCUCUCCCAUUCAUCAUGGAAUGAGAGAUAUACCCCACAGCUCUCUCAUCUCAUGAAUAUUGAAAAGGGAUGGUGUAUUUUCUUGUUUUUUUCCUUGGACCAGAUGCUGUAUGGAUCGCACAGGUCAUCAAAGUGAUUGCUUAUCUUGACCUAGUUUCCGUUCUAUGCUAAUGCAGAGUGAUGCUGUUCAAAAUAGGCUUGACAACGGUGGGGUGGUGGUGUCGUAGUCAUCGUUGGGAAGAUGUCGGACAAUGCCUGAAGAAAUAGGCAUGGAGAGUGAAACACAGAGCGACAGGGAGAUCUCUAAUGAGAGAGAUAUAUGGAGUGCUAGUAAGGAAAGAGAAAAAGGAGAUAAAAUAAAGGA